AUGAUCAUCUGCCGUCAGGCGUCACUCCUUUACGGCGAAUUGACCACGCGGCAGAUUCACCCCAGCAGGGAGCUAGAGUGGCAUAAAUGUUUCGACUGCGCUGGACAAUGCGAGGGCCGACUCGACUGUGCUCGUCUCGAUGUGCCGAUGGACUGGUCCAAUACUAGCGAUGGCCGACGGGUGAUCUCGGACCAGGAUCUCGUCUCAUUUGACCCCCGCGGCGUUGGCGCGUCGACUCCCCCGCUACCAGACGCUCAGGACCCGGGCACAAUCGACGCGGACCGGCCCCUGAGCCUCGCCCCCCUCGUGUACGCCCGGGUCAAAGCCUAUUCCUCCCUGUGCGAGCGGCAGGUACAGAAGACGGGCCUCGCCCAGAACUCGGGCACGACCUACAUCGCCCGCGACAUGCUCGAGAUUGUCAACAAGGGGGAUUCGGCGUCUCCUGACCUCAAGCUCUGGGGCUUCAGCGACGGCACGAUCAUUGGCGGCGUCUUCGCCGCCAUGUUUCCAGACCGCGUGGAGCGCAUCCUCAGCGACGCCAACGCUAGCUAG